AUCGUCAUUUCAGUUCAAAUUCGUGUUUAAUCAUCAACGAUGAAAAUUUUAACAGUCUUUGGUUUUAUUCCAAUUACAAAUGAUCCAAAUCGUUUGUAUCGGUCGAUAGGACGUAUUUCACAGCAAUUUUUUCUGGUGAUGUUAAUAGUUCCAUCAAUUAUGGCAGUUUAUCGGAGUCUAAAUGAAAAGAAUAUGGAUCUUACACUCAAGGCAUUCUACUAUUUGGCCAUUCAGUUCUACAUAACCAGUUCAUUUUACACUAGUAUGACCAGAACCAAUGGAUUGCGUAAUUUAUUUCGUUUGCUAGAGGAUAACAUAACCGAACGAUCGGAUACAUUUUCCGGCAAAUAUUAUACGAAAGCUGAUCGAUUAUAUACAAUUUUCUAUAAUGCUUAUUUGAUUUUGAGCAUUCUAACACUUGCCACAAUGAUAAUUCCAUCAGUAAUAUCAACAAUGCGAUACUAUUUCACAUAUGACGAAAUGGCCCUAGAGCAAUGGAUCGUACCAUUUUAUUUUUCAAUCCCAUUCGAGAUGGACAAUUUAUGGAAAUAUUCAUUGGUAAUAACACUGUCGGCACUCAGCAUCAGUGGUGUGGCACUGGGAAAAAUUAUCAUUCAUGAACUUUAUUACCGCGGAGGAUUUCAAAUCAUUGCAUGCACAAUGGAUUUGAGCCAUGAGAUUUCGCAGAUUACUUCAAUCAUUCACGAAGAUUGCAAUGACAAGAAUAAAAAAUUAAAGGAACAUUUCAAGAAAAUUCUUUUUUUCCAUCAAAAAAUUAUUGAAUUUUUCAAUUUGUACUCAUCAAUGGUCAGCGGAGUGGUAUUUUUUGAGUUUGCUUCGUUAUACUUUUUGCUUGGUUCAACUGGAUUCUUGGUCGCUCAAAAUUUACUGGGAGGUAGCAGUGAUAUUAUUCAAUUCAAAACAGUUUUAUUGGCAGCAUUUAGUUCAUUGAUGAUGACAUCAAAGUUAGGUACUGAGAUUUCACUAUAUUUGUACAAAAUGUCGCAUGAUAUGUAUUCGAUCGAGUGGGAAGAGUUGCCAUUGGAAUUUGAAAAAUAUAUUGUGAUCAUAUUACCUUUACUACAAAAACCGCUCUAUCUUACUGGAUAUGGGAUUUUAAAAUGUGACUGGCUCACUUUUUCAUCGGUCGUCAAAGCAAUUGUCUCAUUCAUUCUCCUUCUCAGACAAUUCGUAUAGUAGUUUUCGUGCAAUAAUCCAUCGCAUUCACAUGAAAUAUUUGUAUAAUUAAACCUGCACCAAAUAAUAAUUUGGAAUCUUUCCAACGUGUGCCGACGUCUAGACAUAACUGUUGCGCUGAUAAUUGAUUACAAUUUGAAAAAUAUUUACAAUUGUUCUAUCAGCAAAUACCCAGUCAAAAUUUAAAAGAGGUCAAAUAAAGGAGAUGUUGUUAUUCAAUAAUAAAUGAUACAUCUAAUUUAUAUCGCAUGCAUUCCUUAAAUUGAUUUCAGUGUUAAACGUAGAGUUUAAAAGCACCAAUAA